AUGUUGAAUUUGGUGGUAAAGUUUUACGUUUUUUCUGUAUUUUUCCAAUUUAGGUAUGGACGACCGGGUUUGGCCAUACUGUUCCGUAUUGUUGGCGUGCAUUUCUAUUGUUUGAUAGUCUGGCUUCUUUUGCUAAGUACUGGAUCUAUGGGUUAGUUGGUAUAUUUAGUAUUAUGAAUGAACUUUACAGCUUUUAUUCCGCUGCACCUCUGCUGAUUUUUGUUCGUUUUACGAUUUUCAAGCGUUUUGUCGCGAAUAUUUUUUACUGCCGUCUUUCUCCACAUUUUUGCUCAUCUGUUCCUUAUUCCAGGACCAUCAUGUCUUCACCAGCCGUCGAGGGUUUGUCCCGAGGCCCCAAGAAGGGUUUCCCAGUCACCAAGACACCUAAGCUUGUCAAGGCCAACCGCCAUCGUGGUGCCCUGUCCAAGAAGGCCAAGAUCACCCGUGAGGUCGUCCGCGAAAUCACUGGCUUCGCCCCCUACGAACGUCGCGCCAUGGAAUUGUUGAGGAUCAGCAGAGAUAAGAAAGCCCUCAAGUUCUUGAAGAAGCGCAUCGGACAACACCAGCGUGCCAAGAAGAAGCGUGAUGAGAUGCAGCAAGUCAUCACCAACCAACGUAAACAACACAAAUAA